UGUGUCCUAUUAAUGUCAAAACUUUGUUCCUAUCUUGGCGAUUUUGCCGCUUCUGAAAUUCACGCCGCCCGGCCCGGUAUGUCCUUGGGAAGGACUGGAGCUGGGGGCCCGGCAUGGCCGACGGGGGCACCAGCAUGGCCGACGGGGGCACCGGCAUGGCCGACGGGGGCACCGGCAUGGCCGACGGGGGCCCCGGCAUGCCCGGUGGACGCACGUGCAUGGCCGGCGGGGGUACAACAAAAAGUAGACCAUACAUCCACAUUCCAGGUCCAGGUGGAGCAGGCGCCGAUGGAACCGGUGGAGCAGGCGCCGAUGGAACCGGUGGAGCAGGCGCCGAUGGAACCGGUGGAGCAGGCGCCGAUGGAACCGGUGGAGCAGGCGCCGAUGGAACCGGUGGAGCAGGCGCCGAUGGAACCGGUGGAGCAGGCGCCGAUGGCACCGGUGGAGCAGGCGCCGAUGGCACCGGUGCCAUCGGCGCAGCCGCUGAUGGCUCCGGCGAUUGGACCGGCGUGGACGGCUCCUGCUCCAUCUCCUAAGAAUGAAAAAAAAAAAUGAAAUAAGAAAAAAAUGGAUUAAUCCCCCUAAAUCAACUAAAAAUCAAUCUAAACAACUAACUAAUUAAAAUCAACGUAAAAAACUAACUCUUACCUCGAGGAGCGCCUCCCCUUCCUCCAUGAUGUUGUUUUUCCACAU